CUAUCUCAUCUUGUUGAAUUGGCAAUCAAAAGUACUGCCAACACCGCAGGGCUGAGCUUGGCUCUGGACAACACUAUGCAGAUGUUCCGUGACGGUUUGGAAAAUUUUCUGAUCACAGCCGCCCAGGAAGUGCCGAGCAAUUUCAGCGUUUACGUCGACCAAUUCCGGCGCAAUUUGAUCGCGCCACACAUUCUGGCGUUGAGCAUCCAGGCUUUCGACAUUUUCACUCCUUUAGCUCGUGACGGACGGCUCUACUUCGUGCCCAGCAGGAGCAAUACCCCACUCGUUCCAGGAGUGCCGUACCGUAACGCUCGGACGUGGAUGACCGAUACCCUGCAGUCGGUGUACAGCCGAACGCAAUCCUACCGAGCCAAGGUGGAAGAACGGACACUCCAAAUCAUCGACGGCUGGAAUAAUGGAACUUUUCAACUGGAAUCAACUGCCACCAGUUUGAUAUUCGUCUUUUAUCAUCUCGACGAUGGAUUGAGCAUGACGGCGUUAACGAGAGGAACUUUGCUCAGCCCUUUAAACGGAGAGUGCCCGAUUGUUCGACUCGGCACAUUCGCCCUGUACACGGCAAAUUGUGGCAACAUCAUUUUCGAGAAAGGCACCUGGUCUUAUUUCAUCGACGUCAUGGGCUCAAGCACAGUUCGCCUGGACACAUUCUUUUCUAGUGAUUCCGUCAGUCCAGUUAGAGUGAAAACGUGGACGAAUUCGAUUGAAAAUAAACAAAUCGAUUGGAGGAGCCAGCGGGUCGUCAUCUACGCUCUGGCGACCCAGCAGGAAAAGGCCGUCAGCGGUUUGAAUCUCUUGGCCCACAUCUCCGUCUGA